AAUAGGAAAUUUAUGUAUAGUGUAUGUGUUCCAAAGAUCAGUUAGUGCAAUAUCGUCACGGAAGAGAGACAUGGAUCGCAUCAAGUUUAAAGUCAAUGGAGAGGAGGUUUCAGUCGGCUGUGAAGUGCCGUCGAAUUUGAUGCUGGUAGACUACCUGCGGAACACGCUAGAGCUGCGCGGGACCAAGUACAUGUGCAAGGAAGCCGGGUGCGGCGCAUGCGUGGUCUCUGCAGUCAAGACUAGCGGGGGAACGCCGCAGUCUGUCAACUCGUGUGUGGUUCCGGUACUUUCAUGCAAAGGAUGGGACAUUACAACAAUAGAAGGAGUGGGGAACAGGAGAAUUGGCUACCACUCCCUGCAGAAGACCCUGGCCAGCAGCAAUGGCACGCAGUGUGGAUACUGCUCUCCUGGAUGGAUUAUGUCUAUGUACAGUUUGCUCGAGAGUAAGUGCGAGCUCAGCAUGUUGGAAGUGGAGAAUUCCUUCGGCAGUAACAUCUGCCGCUGCACUGGCUACAGGCCCAUCAUGGACGCUUUCAAGAAGUACGCCAAUGAUUCUUCUGCUUCAGUCACGGAGAUCGCAAACUUGCACAUCUGUGAUAAGAACGGUAGUGGUUGCUGUAAGAACAGUUGUAAUGAUGAUGAUUGGUGUUUGGUGAAGCAAGAGGAAGCUUCUGGGACUAUUGCGUUGACUCUCGUUGACGGCACCAAAUGGUACUGCGUCAACACCGUUAGCGAAGUCUUUGAGAUUUUAACUAAGGAGGGAACGAAUUCGUACUUUCUGGCUGCGGGUAGUACUUCCAAAGUACCUUACCCGUUGACAGAAAAUCCAAAGGUUGUUAUCGAUAUAAACAAUGUAUCCGAACUGAAGGGGUAUAAAGUAGAUCAGAACCUGGUAAUUGGAGCCGGUAACAGUCUCACUGAAAUGAUGGAGAUAUUUGACACCGUCUCUUCCUACGAAAACUUUUCAUACUUGAAAAAGCUGCAUAAACAUAUGGACUAUGUUGCACACAUCCCUGUGAGAAAUGUGGGAUCAAUUGCUGGAAAUCUCUGCAUCAAACACACUUACAAUCAAUUCUCUUCCGAUGUGUAUUUAAUAUUUGCAAUGGCCGGCGCUCAGCUAACUAUUCAGAGCAUGUACCUCGGCAAGGAAGUGGUUACAAUGGAGAAGUUCUUGAAGACUUCCAUGGAGGGGAAAGUCAUAUUGAACGUGAUGCUGCCACCGCUCUCCGACGAGUACCUAAUUGAGACUUACAAGGUAAUGAGCCGUUUCCAAGCCGUCCACGCCAUCGUCAACGCUGCCUUCCUUUACAAAUUGACGAGCGACAACAUCGUCUCCGAAACCAGGAUCCUGUACGGAAGCAUCACGACUGACUUUAAUCGGGCUUAUGAAACUGAGAAAUACCUGAUCGGAAAGUCAUUAUUUACCAACGAGACGCUGCAAGGAGCACUUGCGGUGCUCGAUGGAGAGCUGAAGCCGACUGAGAGCCCGCCGGAACCCUCCGCGGACUUGAGGAAGAAAUUGGCCAUGAGAUUAUUCUACAAGAGUCUUCUCUCUCUGUGCCCUUCAACUACAUUGCACCCGAGGUACUUGUCCGGCGCCACCAAACUGCGUGACAGCCGUCCUGUCUCACAGGCGAUGCAGAAAUACGACACUGACAAGUCUCUGUACCCUCUUAACGAGCCGAUUAUGAAGAUCGAGGCGAUGAUCCAAUGUUCCGGUGAAGCCCAGUACACUGACGACAUCCCUCGGUUCCACAACGAGGUGUAUGCCUCCUUGGUCCUGAGUACCGUCGCUGUGGGAGAGAUUGUGUCUAUUGACCCCACUGCUGCUCUGGAAAUGGAAGGUGUAAUAGCAUUCUAUUCCGCCAAAGAUAUCCCUGGAGAAAACACAUUCACACCAGACAAUGUGCCGCUUUACUCUUACAACGAGGAAGUUCUGUGCAGCGGCGCAGUCAAGUACUACCAUCAGCCCAUCGGCAUCAUAGUCGCCAAAACCCAAGCCAUAGCUGACGAAGCAGCUGUGCUAGUCACGGCUAAAUAUAAAAACGUCAAGGCCGCAGUUGUAGAUUUAGAAGUCGCAAAAAAUGAUUCUAAUAGGUCUAAGUUGUAUAAAGCAGCUGAGGCAACAGAAAAAGGCACUGAUGUGGCAAAGGUGGUUAGUCACAGCACCACUUUGUACGGACAAUACCAGUUCCCUAUAGAGACCAUAGCGUGUGUCACCAAGCCGACUGAAGAAGGACUAGAAGUCAAUGUUUGUACGCAGUGGGUUAACGGAGUCCAGCUUGUAGUUUCUCGAGCCUUGAACAUGGAAGAGAGCAGAAUUGACGUGAAUGUCCGUCGUGUGGGAGGUUCCUACGGUCUGAAGUUGUCUCGCAGUGGUCUCGCUGCUGUAGCCUGCAGUCUUGUCUCCGUCAAACUAAAUCGACCAUGCAGAAUUGUCCAGCCUUUAUCUAUUAAUAUGAAGGCUUAUGGAAAGAGAUGUCCAAGUCUUACUCAAUACGAGUUGUCAGUAAACAGCACGGGCGUCAUCCAACACGCAGAUAUGAAAGUCUAUGAAGACAACGGAUACGCUGUUAACGAGGACUUCUAUGCUCUUUGCUUGGACGCCAUCAACAACUGCUACAACGAAAAGAGGAUGACGUACAAAUGCUACAAUGUGUUAACUGACACCCCUAAGAAUACAUGGUGCAGGUCUCCAGGAACACUCGAGCUGAUCAGCAAUACAGAAUUAAUGAUGGAUCGGAUUGCUUACGAACUUGAUUUAGAUCCCAUUGAAGUGCGUCUUGCCAACAUAGACACAACAAAUCAUAGCACUGUUAAGGAAGUCUAUGAAAUUAAGGAACAGGCUGAGUACGACAAGAGGCGCGAAGAGGUUGACACCUUCAAUGCUAACAACAGAUGGAAGAAGCGCGGUUUGAGAUUCAGUUUCAUGAGAUGGACUCCCAUCACUGCCGGUAUCAUGGAGGUCUCCGUAUCCAUCUUCCACGGUGACGGUUCCGUAUCUAUUCAACACGGUGGUGUUGAAAUGGGACAAGGCAUCAACACUAAAGCCGCUCAAAUUUGCGCUCACAUCUUGGGCGUGCCAUUAGAUAAAAUCCAGGUGAAAACAUGCAACUCAAACGUAUCCCCUAACUGUUUCCCAACCGGUGGGAGUGUUGCCUCCGAGAACGUGUGUAUUGCAGUUGAAACGUGCUGCAAAGAACUCCUGCAGAGGAUGGAACCGGUUAAGGGUACAUUAACUGAUCCGACGUGGGAGGAAUGGGUGCAGGCUUCGUUCAUGGCAAAUGUUCAACUUCAUGCCCUCGGAGUUUUCUCGGCAAACAACUUCCAACAGUAUAAUGUUUACGGAGCGUGUCUCGCUGAAGUUGAAAUCGAUGUGUUGACCGGCGAGCUGGAAGUAAGGAGAGUCGAUCUGAUUGAAGAUGCUGGACGAAGUGUCAGCCCUGAAAUUGAUAUUGGACAGGUGGAAGGAGCAUUUAUCAUGGCCCUCGGUUACUGGACAUGCGAAGAGUUGAUGUAUGGAUCUUCAGGAGACUUGAUCACUAAUAGGACAUGGACCUACCACGUGCCUCAGGCCAGGGACAUCCCACAAAUCUUCAACGUUUCCUUCAGGACCAACUCUUACAGCAAUGACGCUGCAUUCGGAUCUAAAUGUGUUGGAGAACCGCCAGCUUGCAUGGCAGUUGCAGUACCUCUCGCCAUCAGGGAGGCGUUGGUGGCGGCCCGGAAAGAAAACGGCAUCGACAGCAAAAAGUGGUUUGAAAUUAAGGGACCAUACAGCGUCGCCCAUAUCGGCAGCAUGACUGAAACCACCACCGAGAAUCUCGUCUUCUAUUGAUCUAUUCUCAACUUCAAACUUCACGCGCGACAAAACGGACUUUUAUUGAUUAUAUCUUUUGUUAGCCUGAAAGCGCACGGGCUGUUUCUGAGUUGCGGUGAAAUAACCGCUUGAUAGGUGCACGUGCUUCGUGGAAAUUCCGUCCAUGCGCGUUUACUUCCAUCAUCUUAUACACAAGCGAUUAUUUGACCGCUAGCUAAUUUACCGCCCGUGUGCGCUUAGGUUUAGGUAUCUUUGGUGGUGCUUGUAUAACCACGUUUGCACAUUUGGUAUACUGACCACCUAUCCUACGUUAUGGUCUUUUAUAUAAGAGUAAACUUAUGGGAAUGAGUCAAAGUGCAGCAGAAGCUGUUAUAUAACAAAUACCGUAUCCAGUAGAUUACGAUCUGGUUGUCUGGAAGAGAUUGUCUCCAGAGAUAAGACCACUUGUUUGCCCUUGUUUUUGAAUUAAAUACAGUAUUUUAUAUGUAAAAUCAAACUGAAAAUAAAUAAAAAGGGACUAUUUUUAUAUUAUUUCGAAGAGGUAACUAAAAUAAUUAAUGUAAUCGCAGUUUGCCGACCUCAUGUGAUAGAUGAGCCUGAUAGUAUAGUAUCCAAUGUUCCUGAGCAACUCGCCACGUUUUUCAAAUUGAAAAACUUACGCAAAUAGUUGGCUGCCUUUGGAAUUGUAUCAGAAUCUGAUGGUUUACGGCUCUGUAAUAGACCGAUGAGACCAAACAUCUGUCAGGUUAUAAUAUGUACUUGAAUAUUGUGAAACAGGUUAUCUAAUAAUCGUUACUAAUUACACUGGCUAUGUUGUUUUUAACUUCGAAUGUGCAAAUGGGGGUAUUUUUUGUUAUUACUGUUUAGUUUUCCAAUAAAUGGUGUUGACAUAUGUAA